GGAAACGCUCCGCUUGUGUGUGUGUAUGUGUGUGUGUGUGUAUGUGUGUGUGUGUGUGUGUGUGUGUGUGUGUAUGUGUGUGUGUGUGUGCGUGUGUGUGUGGUUGUUUUUUUUCGUUCCCAAUUUAUUGUUUUUUUAGGUUUUUAAUUCUUAAUUCUGGAACGAGGUCUGUGUGGAACUCGAUGGUUUAUUGGAGUGCUAAACAUGCAUUGGAGUUCAGGCUUGGAGGCUUUGGUUCACGACAAGACGACUCCGAGCACCGCAAGGGAUGGCAGUGAGGCGACCGCUCACCUGGAGUAUUUCAUCCCACGGGGCUGACGGGGAAACCGGGGCGAUUCUCACCGGAGAUUCGGGGCUCCGGGACUUCCGACACUCCGCUGUGUGUGUGAAGCUUCCCCCAGGGCCUGCCUGAAAAGAAAGCAGCACCCCCUCCGCCCUGCCCCUGACGUUCAAACUUCCACCUAUGUGGGAACACCUCACAACAUGAUCCCGUCCCUUUUCGCCAGAAUCUGGUCGCAGUAACCAUGUCGUGAAGUCGGCGGGCUCACCAUCCCGAGGAGAAUCGCUUCCUAUCCACAGCUACCGGGGAUGUGGAGGGGAACGUAACUUCUGAGAGGAGGCGGACUAACCUCGGCUCGGUCAACGCGACAUCAAACACCCGGGUCUUGCAGGGCACGUUGAUGCAGUUUGUCAAAGCUAAGAGGUCAGUGAGGGAGCAGAGUGAUGGUCAUCCUCCUUUACACCAUGGUCAUUUUGUAUCUUGGCAACAUCCAGGCUGCUCCCCUACAAUCAAACAGCGGCUCCCAAGACCGUGGCUCUGACUGGGCCAGACAGGGGCUGCCGGCCCUGCUGACGGACGGUGAGCUGGACGAAGAGGUGACCGGGGAGAGCCCACCAGACGAGGCGAUGCUGGACGUGCAAGGUCUUGACUCCGAGGUCUCGGGCAGGGAGUGGGAUCUCUACUCCCCGAGGGUUAUCCUGGCCAGCAGACCCCCCGGUGACCCGCCCUUGCUUUUUAUCAUGGAGGAAUCGCUGAGCCAGACGGAGAUGGCCAACAGGACUUCACGGGUGAAGAGGCAGUCCCCGAGCGUGGGUGUGGACCCUUCCCGCCGGGGCGACCUCUCCGUCUGCGACAGCAGCAGCGAGUGGGUGACCAGCCGGAGGGUAGCAGUGGAUGUCCUGGGCAAGACGGUGACCAUCCUGACCGAGGUGCCCACCUCCACCGGCCCCCUGAAGCAGUACUUCUACGAGACCAAGUGUAACACUCGCUCCUCCACCGCGCAGGGCGGGUGCAGGGGCGUCGACAAGAGGCACUGGAUAUCCGAGUGCAAGACCAAACAGUCGUACGUGCGAGCCCUGACCAUGGACGCCCAAAAGCGGAUGGGGUGGCGGUGGAUACGGAUAGACACUUCCUGUGUUUGCACACUGAUCAACCGGACAGGGAGACUGUGACCCUUCUCCUUCCCUGGGCCCAAUUCCAAAACCACCCCCUCCUUUCUAUUUGAUGUUAUCUAUAUUGUUGUAAAUAUAUAAAAUAUAUAAAUUAUUUCACUAAGUUUUAUGGAUUGCAUGUAAAAAGUUAUGUUUAUACUUUGAACUGUUGUAUUUAUUCCUGAAUUUACAUAUUGGUACUGUUUGUAUUAACUUAUUG